ACGUCGUACGUACGGACGACAGCGAGGAGGGUGUGGACUUCGCGAAGCAUUCAAUCUCUGGUAGAUAGCGUAUAUCUUCCUCCUAUUAACUUUUGUGGCGUCUGAAAAGGGCUCCAGUGAGGUUCUCCUGAGGGUGUCCAAGGCUGCUUUGGACUUGGGACGGAUGAUCUCCCGAUCCUUCUUGAAUUCUUCUGGCAAUCUGUCUUCUCCUCCCGACUUCCUCCAGUCCAACGACGUAUCUGCCCCCAAAAGAGCCUGUGUAACCUAACAGAGGACGGGCGCAGCAGCAGUGAUGGACGAUAUCUUUACACAAUGCCGAGAGGGCAAUGCCGUAGCGGUUCGUUUGUGGUUGGACAACACAGAGAAUGACCUCAACCAAGGGGACGACCACGGCUUCAGCCCGCUGCACUGGGCGUGCAGGGAGGGCCGCUCCAGUGUGGUGGACAUGCUCAUCAUGCGCGGCGCUCGCAUCAACGUCAUGAACCGCGGCGACGACACGCCCCUGCACCUGGCCUCCAGCCACGGCCACCGCGACAUCGUGGGCAAGCUAAUACAGUGCAAAGCGGACACAAACACUGUGAAUGAGCACGGCAACACACCGCUGCACUACGCCUGCUUCUGGGGUCAGGACCUGGUGGCUGAGGACCUGGUAACUAACGGGGCACAGGUGAGCAUCUGUAAUAAAUAUGGACAAACCCCCAUGGACAAGGCCAAACCUCACCUGCGGGAAAUCCUUAAAGAGAAAGCAGAGAAGUUGGGGCAGAACUUGACCAAAGUUCCCUUCAAGGACAGCUUCUGGAAGGGCACCACCAGAACCCGACCUAGGAACGGCACCCUGAACAAGCUUGCUGGUGUGGACUUCAAGCAACUCUCACUCUUGGCCAAAAUUAACGAGAACCAGUCUGGAGAGUUGUGGCAGGGGCGUUGGCAAGGCAACGAUGUGGUGGUGAAGGUGCUAAAGGUUCGCGAUUGGACAACGAGGAAGAGCAGGGACUUCAACGAGGAGUAUCCAAAACUUAGGAUCUUCUCUCACCCAAAUGUCCUCCCCAUGUUGGGCGCAUGUCAGUCUCCUCCGGCCCCCCACCCCAUCGUCAUCACCCACUGGAUGCCUUAUGGCUCCCUGUACAACGUUCUGCAUGAGGGCACCAAUUUUGUGGUGGACCAGACGCAGGCAGUGAAGUUUGCGCUGGACAUUGCCUGUGGAAUGGCCUUCUUGCACACGCUGGAGCCCAUGAUCCCUCGCCACAGUCUCAACAGCAAGAGUGUCAUGAUCGAUGAGGACAUGACGGCCAGGAUCAGCAUGUCAGACGUUAAGUUCUCCUUCCAGUGUCCCGGCAGGAUGUACUCCCCCGCGUGGGUCGCCCCUGAAGCCCUGCAGAAGAAGCCCGAGGACAUCAACCGUCGCUCCGCGGACAUGUGGAGCUUCGCCGUGCUGCUGUGGGAGCUGGUCACCAGAGAGGUGCCCUUCGCUGACCUCUCCAACAUGGAAAUAGGCAUGAAGGUGGCCCUGGAGGGUCUGCGGCCCACCAUCCCGCCGGGCAUUUCCCCCCACAUCUGCAAGCUGAUGAAGAUCUGCAUGAACGAGGACCCGGCCAAGAGACCCAAGUUCGACAUGAUCGUGCCCAUCUUGGAAAAGAUGCAAGACAAGUGA